CCAGACGAAACAAAAGAUUAUUCUAGUCACUGUACACAUGCCAACAUCUCAGUUCGGAAAAUAGUACAAUAAAAAUGAGCUCUAGUAAGCCCUUCGAGCCCACGUUGAGCGAUGUCCUGGUCGUGCGCGCAAUGCUGGCCCGAACGGUGAUCCUCCCAGAGCUGGUGGGAACCAUCUUGGACUGCGCCGAAUACUGGGCGCGAUCAUCCACCAAAGCUCAGCUGAACCAAGUUAUUCCUGCGCGCUGUAUUGGGCCGGGAGAAUUCGAUUGGGAGGGAUUCCGAUUUCUGCUUCGAUCUUACCCUGUCGGCCUGACGGAGCGUGCUUAUGAAGGCGAAGACGAUAGCAGCUCUCGUGAUGAGGAGUUCUCAACUACAGUCCCCGACCCUCUGCCCGUCUUCAAAGAAUUUGAUCGGGACUUUUUCCAGCGAGCAAUAAAGAAUGCUUCUACUUUCAGCAAUCCGGCGCGGAAGAUUGUCUUUCGGAUCCGCAGCCACGACCAAGGCUGGACGACAGACGAGGUGCCAGGCAUGUUUAUCGCCGCCAAAACCUGGUUUGACGCCGGAAUCGAGAGGUUCGAUGCGAGCAAUUCCACAGAUGAAGCGGAUGGCAAUGCUAUGAGACGGUGGACUGCACGCAAAUUGGGAACGGUUGAGCCACAAGUCAAGGAGGCAGAAGAUAUGCACGAAGGCUGGGGUUAUCAAUUUCCCUACACGCCGUGGAAGGGCCCGCACGAAAUCCAGCGUAACAGGAUGGCAUCUUCGGAUUUUACAGACUACGAAGUUACUUGGACGUGCUGGGAUGUCGUCUCUCCAGAUUCUCCAGGGGCGCAAGAGUUAAUGGAGCAGGGAAAGGGGAGGAUGGCCGGCGAUGGUCAGUUUGUGAGGAAUCUCAAGCUGGGAGAUGUCGUUACCGUGUGGGGGAGAGCUAUGCAUCGCGGGUGGAUGAACACAGUUGAGUCUGUUGAGAUUGACAUCUAUUGGGCGCUUUAAAGGAAACUUGAGUUCAAAUAUAGAAGAGAAGAUACAUUGA